AUGGAACAGCCGUCCAUGCCGCUCUGGCUCAACACGUUCGAGGAGGACAUUGACACGUAUAUCUUCAUUUCCUCAAGGGACAACAAACUUUAUCUAGGAAUACUGAGGACGUACGAUCAACAUGGUAACAUAUUUCUAACCCACUGUGUCGAGAAAAUAAUAGUCCCCGAUAGGAACUACUUUUCGGAUGUCUACGUUGGAAAUCUCAUCAUCAGGGGAGACAACAUCGCCUACUUCGGCUCUGUGGACGAGGACAAGUACGCAAAGAUGUUUGACUAUUCGCAACAAAAUAAGGGAGGUAAUGAAGCGGGGGAUACCUCAGAAGGCGAGAUGCCAAGGAGCCAAGGGCCCCUCACUUCCGAAAACCUUGUCCUACAGUACAAACCAAUAAAUCAAAUUUUGAGUUAUCUGCCAGAUAAUAAUCUCGACUUCUCCGUUUUUGAGAAUUAA